AUGGUCUUUGUUAUAAUCGAGGAGUAUUUUACCCUGAGUGCUGGGAAGAGACUCCAACUGAAAUCUGAAGUCUUAAAGGGAUCUGUAGGCUUCCUGGAGAAUGUAACUGCUGCCAAGAAGAUCCCAUACCCGGCUGCUGGUUGCAACCCGGCUGGCAGGGGCGAGCCCCCCGCCGCCGCGGGAAGAGGAGGAGGAGGAGGAGGAGGAGAGAGGAACCGUUCCCAGCCCGGGAUCGCGCUGCUGCUGUCGCUGCUGUGGGAGUGCACGGAGGCCAAAAAGCAUUGCUGGUACUUUGAAGGAUUCCAUCCUACAUGUUAUAUAUGUCGCUCCUGUGAGGAUUGCUGUGGCUCAAGAUGCUGUGUAGCUCUCUCUAUCCAGCGGCUCUGGUAUUUCUGGUUCCUUUUGAUGAUGGGAGUUCUGUUCUGCUGCGGAGCCGGUUUCUUCAUCCGACGGCGGAUGUACCCUCCUCCACUAGUAGAAGAACCUACUUUUAACGUGUCUUACACCAGACAACGAGUCAACGCUGCAUCAGGGUCACAACAGCCUGGAGUGCCGUAUUACACAGAUCCAGGGGGCCCUGUGAGGAAUCCCAUGGCGAUGGCUUUCCACGUCCAGACCAAUAGAAAGAGAAGUUAG